GCCGCCGCACGAUUCGUAGUUUUCGAAGUUCUCUCGUCAAAAGAAUAUUUCGUUUUCAUUAUACGUGGAUUAUCGGUUCAAUUUAACAAUAAAAUAAGCGUAAACAUUAUGUAACUGAACGAUACGUCGUCAAAGUAAUAUAGUACAUUAAAUAUCUCCGAUAUUAACAAUGCAUUAUUCGCGAAUAAAGUUGUCGGCUUAAUAAUUUCUCAAUUUUCAAUUAAAGAACUACUGCGUGUAUCAGAUUAAUCUUUUAUUCAUUGAAAUCGUGUUUUAUUACAGUAAUUCGGUUGUGAAAGUGACAAUUCAACAUCAACAUGGACAAGUAGUCUACUGACAAGGACAUUGCUUUUGACAACGACGCCAUUAAGGCUACAUCACAGUUCAUCUGCUGAUUAAUAUGGACGUACAAACAGAGUUUCAAUUGUUUGCGUGUCUUUCGCGGCCUAUUUAGACCACUCGUUCACCUGGACCAAACGAUGCCUGGAAAUACGACAGCCGGUAGCACCCUAUUGGACGACGAACUUCGUCGCAUUUUACUGGAAAGGGAGCAGGAAUGCUUGCAGUUACAGGCUACCAAUUCAACCCCGCUACCGGAGCCAUAUUGUCGCAUUACUUUUGAUGGAUGGUCCUGUUGGCCAAAUACGCCAGCUGGAACGACAGUCUAUGCUUCAUGUCCGAAUUUUAUCACCGGUUUCGACGCUUCACUGAUGGCACAUAAAUAUUGUGAAACUAAUGGCACCUGGUUCCGACAUCCCGAAUCGGGUCAAGUCUGGAGCAAUUACACAACCUGUGUCAAUUUGAAGGACCUCAGUUGGCAGCAAGGAAUAAAUGGAAUUUACGAAGCCGGAUACGCGAUAUCGUUGGUCGCGUUGCUGCUCUCGUUAGGUAUUUUGACGUAUUUCCGCUCGCUAAGAUGUGCGAGGACCACUCUUCAUAUGAACCUGUUCGCUUCGUUCGCUGUAAACAACGCUCUUUGGCUUGUAUGGUAUAGAUGCAUCGUAGCGAAUACAGAUUUACUGUUAAACAAUGGGAUAACGUGUCGUCUUUUGCACGUAGUACUGCAUUACUUUCUACUCACUAAUUACUCCUGGAUGCUGUGCGAGGGUUUUUACCUGCAUACGCUACUCGUUAGUGCUUUCACCAGCGAGCACAGAUUAGUGAAAUGGUUGAUGGGUCUUGGGUGGCCGGUACCAGCUGUGAUCGUUAUGAUUUAUGCCACGUUGAGGGCCACCAGCGAUGAUCCUACCGACACUGAACAGUGUUGGAUCAACGAGGGUAAUUACAUGAGCGUACUAGUUUACCCCGUGUGCGUUUCAACCCUGUUGAAUCUGCUCUUCCUCUUCAACAUCGUUCGUGUUUUGUUGAUGAAACUUAGAGCUGGUCCUAGGAUCGGUACGCAGCCUUCAAGAUCUAUGCGUCAAGCAUUUCGAGCAACGCUACUUCUUGUACCUCUAUUGGGUCUGCAUUAUCUCGUCAUCCCCUUUAGACCACCAAAAAAUCAUCCCUGGGAACAAUUUUACGAGGUUCUUUCCGCUAUAACGGCCUCUUUCCAGGGUCUCUGCGUUGCCGUUUUAUUCUGUUUUUGCAACGGCGAGGUAAUAGCGCAGUUCAAAAGGAAAUGGGAGGGCACAGCGUUUCUGCGAAAUCGAGCCAAUUCUUGCACAGCCACCACGGUCUCGGUCCGAUGGCGGGAGAGGAGAAGGUAUGACUGUCGUCAGCCGUCGCCGGAAAUGCUGGACGAGAAACCCGUGGAUGUACAACUGGUCGAUCAUUGUCCCGUGACCAAUAAUCUCAACAAUCGUGCCAGAUUACUGAUCGAGUCGAACGACACUGAGCAUUACGAACAAACGCGGUGUUGAUAAGCCUUCGAUGAAAGGGACAGCCUUCAGAAGUGGCUGACGAAGGGAUUACUCGAAGGUCGGAAGUGUCAUGAGGAGGGAUGAUCAAGCUGGGACGAAUUCCUGGUGACACUGAUAAGAGGGAGGAUUUCGAGGGGACAGGAUCAAAGGGUGCUUUCUUUUUCGAAAGAACGAAUAGGUGACAGAUGGUUAAAGAUCACAGAUCCUCUAUUAGCUAGGAGUCCGCGUUGUUGAGGAUGAUGAACGAUGCUUUUUUAAUGGGAUGAGUGGCGUAAAGGGUGAUAAAUUGUAUUGGGUGUAUGCAAGAGUAUGUAAUGAUUAACAAGUUUAACUUGAUGUUAUUAGUUCCCUUAGGAAUUAUUUUCUAAUCAUUUUGUUUUUUCAAGGUUGGUUAAUUGGACUACUACUGUAAGUUUAAUUAUUAAGAAAAAAAAUUCUUAGACUUUUGAUCCCUCAUUACUUUUGUAUACACUUAAUAACUUAUACGGGAGGAGUGAUAGUGAGGGAUGGGGUAGUUUAAGAAGAAUUUAGUUAAAUUUUUUAACUUAUUUAACACUGAUUACCGUGCUUUGGUGAAUUUUAUAAUAUUAAAGACAGUUAAAACAUUGAAAAUUAUGGUGAUUUAAGACAAAGAAAUAUUUAAUUAAAUGUACCGUAUGUGUGUGUUAAUUAUGUUUUAAUUAAGUUUGUAUGUUAAUAAUGAAAUUAAAUAAUUUCGCCUCGA